AUGGUUAUCACAUUCGGCAUGACGGGCAGUCUGUUUACUGCUGCUUCUGGAGGGCCCCCUGAGCGCAAGGAACGGCCGCGGUCUCCAUCCCCUGGCGGCGCGGGACCUGAACGCGGCCCCACCAACCCCACCGGGGGCGUCACAAGCCCACAAGGGCGGCGUCACACGAGCCACGGGCGACGAAACGCGGCGCAGCGCACCUGGUCCCGUGUCCCCGUCAUACUCAUUACCUCUAAUGCUAAUGAGCAAAAUCCAACCCGCGGCCCGACCGAGCGCGAGGGCCACGCCGUGCAGCGUCGCGGAGGGCCAGUGGGCCAUGCCCGGGCAGCGUCGCGGAGGGCCAGUGGGCCAUGCCCGGGCAGCGUCGCGGAGGGCCAGUGGGCCAUGCCCGGGCAGCGUCGCGGAGGGCCAGUGGGCCAUGCCCGGGCAGCGUCGCGGAGGGCCAGUGGGCCAUGCCCGGGCAGCGUCGCGGAGGGCCAGUGGGCCAUGCCCGGGCAGCGUCGCGGAGGGCCAGUGGGCCAUGCCCGGGCGUGGCCCCAUGCCCCAGGCCCCAUGCCCCAUGCCCCACGCCCCAUGCCCCAGGCCCCAGGCCCCAUGCCCCAGGCCCCACGCCCCAUGCCCUCCCCGCCUGCAGUCAAGGAGGAGGCAUAG